GGCGGGCCGCGUUUCCGGCCUGAGGAACUGUCGCCUUUCUGAGGAGACGUCCCCCGCAGCUGGCAGUUAACACCGCGCUAGGAACCUCCAGAUCAGGCGCCUGGGUCGACACCGUCACCAUGGGGGCUGUGCUGGGCGCCUUCUCCCUCGCCAGCUGGGUUCCAUGCCUCUGCAGUGGCGCGUCAUGUUUGGUAUGUAGUUGCUGCCCCAACACUAAGAAUUCUACCGUGACGCGCCUUAUCUACGCCUUCAUUCUGCUCCUGGGCACUGCUGUAUCCUGUAUCAUGCUGACGAGAGGGAUGGAAACUGAGCUGAAGAAGAUUCCUGGAUUCUGUGAAGAGGGACUUAAGGUCAAGAUGGCUGAUAUCAUGGAGGAUAAAGAUUGUGAUGUGCUGGUCGGUUAUAAAGCCGUGUAUCGGAUCCACUUUGCCUUGGCCAUCUUUUUCUUUUUCUUCUUUCUGCUCAUGUUAAAAGUGAAAACGAGUAGGGAUCCCAGAGCAGCAGUACACAACGGGUUUUGGUUCUUCAAAAUUGCUGCUGUUGUUGGUAUCAUGGUUGGAUCUUUCUACAUUCCCGGGGGUCAUUUUACCACAGCCUGGUUUACUAUUGGCAUGGGAGGGGCCUUCUUCUUCAUCCUCAUCCAGCUGGUGCUGUUGGUUGACUUUGCUCACUCUUGGAAUGAAUCAUGGGUUAAAAAAAUGGAGGAAGGAAACCCAAGGUGCUGGUAUGCCGCUUUAUUGUCUUUCACAAGCUUCUUUUAUAUCCUGUCAAUCGUCUGUGUUGUGCUGUUCUACAUAUUCUAUACUAAACCGGAUGGAUGCACAGAAAACAAGUUCUUCAUCAGUAUUAAUCUGAUCCUUUGCAUUGUGGUUUCUGUCAUAUCAAUUCAUCCAAAAAUUCAGGAACACCAGCCUCGUUCUGGCCUCCUGCAGUCCUCUUUCAUCACCCUCUAUACCAUGUACCUCACGUGGUCAGCCAUGUCCAAUGAACCUGAUCGGUCCUGCAACCCUAGCCUGCUGAGCAUCAUUACACACAUAACUGCACCAACCCUAGCUCCUGGAAAUGCAUCUGCUCCAGCCCCUACAUCUGCCCCACCAUUAAAGAGCGGGCAUUUUCUGGAUUCAGAUGGUUUUAUCGGGCUGGUAGUCUUUGUUCUCUGCCUUUUGUAUUCUAGCUUUCGCACAUCCAGCAAUAGCCAGGUGAACAAGCUGACCCUAUCGGGGAGUGACAGCGUGAUCCUCAGUGAUACAGCUGCUAGUGGUGCCAACGAUGAAGAAGAUGGACAGCCUCGGCGGGCUGUGGACAACGAGAAAGAAGGAGUGCAGUACAGCUACUCCUCUUUCCAUUUAAUGCUCUGCUUGGCUUCCUUGUACAUCAUGAUGACCCUGACGAAGUGGUACAGCCCUGAUGCAGAGUUCCAGAGCAUGACCAGCAAGUGGCCGGCUGUGUGGGUCAAGAUCAGCUCCAGCUGGGUCUGCCUCCUCCUCUACGUCUGGACCCUGGUGGCCCCACUUGUCCUCACCAGCCGGGACUUCAGCUGAGCCUCUGAGUGCCACCGAGACCCCUGAGACUCAUAAAGGCUCUCCUUUGCUGAAAGCCUGUAACCUUUUUAUCUUUGCUUCAACUAAAAUGUUAAGUGAACGCUUUGCAGAUUU